AUGGUAAUUUUUGUUUUGAUAGUCCUCUUUUGUGUUCCUUUGGGACAAGGUAUUGAGUGUGACAAAGAACUUUCAUUUAAGGACACUGAAGAAACUAUUUUUAUUAAUGGUAAAGAGGGAUGUCUUAUUCAAUUUGUAUCAUGUCCUAAUAUACAUAUACAAGGUACUGUUAUGGUUAAAAAUUGUAUUAAUUCGAAUGUUCUUGUAAAUAAAGGGGUAAUACGAUUGAGUGGAAGUAGUAAUUCUUCAUUUAGUUUAGAUUCAUCAAUACUUAUAUUUGAACCGACUGAAAGAAAUGAUAUUGAAUUAACACAAUUAUCAAUUAGAAAAAGUAAUUGGAAAGUUGAAGAAUCUUUUUUAUCAAGGACUAUAACAAUUAGAACAUUAAUUGACUAUGAUAGUGGAGUAACACGUCUAAUGAGUGACUACACAGUAUUUAAUAUUAACUUCAUUUGUCCUCAAGCAAAUGGGGAAUACAUAUAUCGAACACCAUCACUUGCUAUUAAUGAAAAUAUAAAAGUAUGUUCAGGGUAUUAUUAUAAGAUUAAAUACAACACAAUAUACAUAUCAGAUCAACAAAAUGAAAUAAAAAGUUAUAUCCCAACAAUAGAAUGUAUUACAUAUGGAAAUUCUUCUCAUUGGUGGUUUGGAACAAAUAAUUCAAAGGCACUUAAUUUAUGUCCAUGUCCAACUGAUAGUAACUGUAUUGUUAGGUUAAAGGUACCAAGGGUAUAUGAGAUGGAUGACCUUAAUAAAUUUAAAACCAAAUACUCAUUACAUCUUGAUGGUGUACAAAUGGAAAGAAUAUCAAAUACAAAAAAAAUAGAAACGUUGAUUGUUGAUUCAAAUAGUAUAUUAUUUGGAUUAUAUGAUGUUCGAUUAAAUAAAUUAGAAAUUAAUAAUGGAUACAUUAAUGGUGAAGUCCUUUUUCUUCACACUUCAAAAAUAGAUUCAUAUGGAGGAUAUUUUACUAAGACUAUUAGUAAUAGUCAAUUAGGAAAUGUUUAUAUGACAUACACUGGUAUAAUGGGAAAUAUGAAUUUUAUUGACGCUACUUCUUUUGUUUCGAGUCAUCAAAUUUCAGUAUUAACUAAUUUUACUAAUUUUAAUAUUAAAAAUGAAUUUAAAAUCAUUUCUCCUCUCUUUGUCAAUCAAAAAAAAGCUUUCAAUACUAUUGAUAAUAUUACUUGUUUAAAUUUCAAAUUAGAUUCAGUCCUUGUUCAAUCAGAUAUCAAUAGCAUUAAUUGUAGCAAAUUGUAUAUUACAUCAAGUUCUGUAUGGAGUAUUAGUAAUAUAAUAACAAAUUACUUUGAAUUUAGUAAAAGUACAUUUUUUAUUGUAAAAUCAGUAAUAUCAGAAUUAUUAAAAUUUGAUAAUUUAGAAAGACUUACAGGAUAUAGAAAUAACUAUCUUCAAGAAUCUCAAAUUAAUACCUUAUCUAUUGUUAAUUCUACAAUUUGGUUUAUAUCAUCUGUAAAUACAAUACAAUUUAAUGCUUUAGAUUUACAAAUUAGAGAAUUUUAUAUGUUUUAUUCUAAUAAAGCAUACAUGAAGAAUAUUUAUUAUGAUACGGAUUAUGUUGGUGUAUUUUGGGAUUGUUCUAUUAACCAACUUAUUUUAGAAUCUACACCUAGGCUAUUCUUAGAAUGGUUUAAUUCUAAUGAAUUAAAAUUUGAUGGUACAAUAGAAGUAGAUGUUCCUAAUUCAGUUUCUAUUAAUAAAAUACUUUCAUCUUCAGAAUUAUUAAUUUUAAAUAAAAUGACUAUUCCUUAUAUUAUUUCAUCUGGUCAUGUUACCUUUUCGAGAGGUUAUAGUGGAUAUUUAGAAGCAGAACGAGUAGACAUUAUUGAUGGAUUGUAUAAUAUUACAUUAGCAAAACAAAUGAGCUUUACUAUUCAUGAAUUAACAGUUUCUGCAUUAAUUAAUACAAUAAAUUCUCCAUUACUUAUAUUUAAUGAAUUACAAUGUAAUUCAUCUAUUCAUAUAAAUCCUUUGGAUUUUAAAUCACCACAUAUUCAAAUAGCUUCAGCACAAAAUUGUAAUAACCAACUGUAUAUAGACUUUUCUGUCCCAACAUUAUCUUCAUUUGUUGUAUUACCAAAUGAAUUGAAAUUAACAUGUAACUUAAUGGGAGUAUCAUCACAAACAUUUAAUGAAUAUUGGCAAGAAAAAGGUGAAGAGAUUGAUUUUCAAGAAUGGAGUAUUAAUAAUAUCAAUAGAUGUUUAGUUGAUCGUUGUCUAAUUUCAGAAAAAAAAGAUGAAGGAUAUUAUUGCUCAAAUAGAAAGAAUAAAUGUUAUAAGAAUUGUAGAGGAGUCAUUGAUGAUACUAUGUUUAUUAGUUCUGUAUCAUUAAAAGAAUUAUGGGUAUCAAGUAAAGUAGAAAAGAUAUUAUUAAAUGGGAAUGAUAAUAAUUUUGGUUUAAUACUACUUGGUAAUGGAAGUAACGUACUGUUUUUUAAUAAUAAAGUGUAUAGUAAAAAUAUUAUUGGAAAACAAGCAACAAUCAAAGUGAGUGUUAAUGGUAUUAUUGAAAGUGAUUUAAUUGAUGUUAACUCUAUAGAAAUGAAUACGUUUAGUAGUAUUAAUGGUGAUAAAAUUAAUUGUGAUUUAAUAAAAGUUACAAUAGAUUGUAGAAUUGAAGUAAAAGAAAUUAACAUUAAAAGCAUUACCUUUGACAACCAAUGUGAUAUAAGUCCAAAUGAAAUUAUAAUUAAGACUGAAAGAAUAAAUUCAUUAAAUUUAAAUAAGGAGGUUUUUAUUAGUAAUAGUGUUUGUCAAUCAACAGUCAAUACAAUUGAUUUACUUUUUGUUAAAAAUGGAUUUGACCAUACUAAUAUUGUUGGAAAUAUUUUAUUUAGUUGUAAUGAUCAUUUAAUUGUGUCAAAUGGAAACAAUGGAGUUUCAGAAGUAAAAUGUGGGAAAUAUGGCGUAAGUGAUUAUUGUUAUAUUAUUUCACGAGACAUUACAAAUCCAAAGUCAUUUGAUUUAUCUAAAAGUACAGCAACAUUUUGUCCUUGUCAAAACACAGAUAAAAUGGGAUGUUCUUAUAUUAUUGGUACAAAUGAAGUUAAUGGUAAAAUUGAUGCUUAUGAAGUGGUUAUUGAGAAAGAGAGUGUUAUUAAGAGUGAUAAUAUGAAUAUUUCUGUUGAACUUAAAAUAAAAGCUAAUAGUCACAUUUAUACUUCUUCUGGUGUUAUAGAGAGUAUUUAUAUUGAACCAUCAACUACAUUACAACUUGAUGGAUUAGUAAACAGUCACUUAGUUAAUGGAUUUGGUGUAUUACGUCAAAGAGAAGGUAAGUUAUAUGUUAAUGAUUUAUUUAAUGUUCAUUGUGACGUUAAAUAUAUAUCAAUAAGUAAAACUUUUAAUCCAUUAAAAUUAGUGUUAAAUAACUCUUUGAUUAAUUUAAAUAAAAGAGGAUUAUUUUAUAUGAAUAUGACUACUAUAAAAUAUAUUAAUCAACAAACUAUACCAAUUAUUUUAGAUAAUCCAUCCAUGGUCAAUCUUUAUAAUUCUGUUAUUUCUUCAUUUCCGUUACAUCAAUGUUUUGAAUUGAUUCAAAUAGUUAAUGAGCCAAUUCUUUAUUUUAACAAUCAACCCACAUCAACAGAAGCAAUGUUUGAUUAUGAAUUAACUUGUUCUAAAAAGAUAGUUCUUUUAUGUAACAAUCCAUCAAAACUAUAUCAAUGCCCAACUCAAACAUGUGUUUAUGAUGUCUAUGAAUCACCAAUAAAUUCUUCUAGAGGAUACACACAACCUCAUUGUCCAUGUGGUUUCUCAGAUAAUAUAUUAAAAUAUAGUGAUAAUGGAUGUAUUAUAGAAGCAAAAAAUCUAAAUAAUAUAACAACAAUAUAUGGUACUUUCCAUAAUAUUAAAACAGAUAAUAAUGCUAUUAUUUCCAUUCAUUCAUUAACUAAUAUUAAGUCAUUUGAACCUCAAAGUUUUAUUAGGUUUACUGGAAAUGGAUUUAUAGAACUGUCAGUAUCACCAUUAACAAAAAAAUCAUAUACAAUACACACUGAUGUAAAAAUGAAUUUAAAACAUGUUUAUGCUAAAUGUAGUAUUAGUAGUACUUCAGACCUUAUUAUUGGAAAACAAGGAAAUGGACAAUUAAAUAUUACUGGAAAUAAAAAUUUAAUAACACUCUCUCAGAAUCAAUAUAAUAAUAUCAAUAUCAAUAUUUCAAUGUCUCAUGUCUAUUUACCAAAUGGAAUAAAUGGAAAAACAUUUACAUUAGAAACUCAUGGAUUUAAUAAUCCAUUAAUGACUAUGACAGAUGGAAAAGUAUUUUCUGUUGAAAGUUUUGAAUAUAAAGGAAAUGAUAAUGGAGUAUUACUUGAAACUAUUCAAAAUGGAAUUGAUAUAAAAUUAUUAAAAAGAGGAUAUGUUGAUGAAGACAAAGCAAUAUUAGCAACUCAAGAAGUAAAAAGAAAACAAAUUUAUUGUAAAUAUAAUAAUAAUAAAUGGAAUAGUACAAACUGUCCUUGUACUGGAGUUAGUUGUCAUUUAAUUUAUGCAUCAACUUCUGAAAUAAUUAAUGAAACUAUAGAAGCAAAUGAAAUUAAUAUUUUUGGAAAACAUAAAUUUAAUGGAAGAAUUACUUGUGAGAAAAUAACAAUAGAUGAGAGUUGUUCAUUUAAAGAGAUUUAUGUAGGAAUUAUUAAUAUUACAAAAGAAAAUAAUAUAGAAAUAGAAUUAUAUGACUAUGAAGUUAAAUACAUUACUGGAAUAAACUAUGAUAUAUUUACUUAUAGUAGUGGUAGAAUUCUUCAAAUAGAAGCUUCAACAUUACAUUUAUAUCUUAAAGAUACAAUUGAAAGUAAAUAUCUUAAUAUUAAAUUCUUUAUUAUUAUUCCUACUCAUAAUGAUUUCUUAUUUAUUUCAUUAUUACAAAAUGGUACAACUACUUUAGAUAAUACUCUUAUUUAUCUUCCUGAUCCUUUAUUUGAUAAAUAUUACAUAUUAAAGGCUGAUGAAUUUCCACCAUUGGAUACUGUCAAAACGUUUAAAAGAAAUGACUCUUUACAACCAAUUACAAAUAUGUAUUUAACAAUUGUUUGUGAUAAAUAUAUGGCAUUAAUUAAAGACAUUAAUGAUUGUCAAUGCCCUUAUGAAGAUACUAAUAACCAAAAUAAUUCAAACACAAUUUGGUUAAUUAUGAUACCAUCAGUUAUUUGUAUUAUUCUUAUUAUCAUAGUAAUUAUUCUUUUAACAAUUUAUCUUCAUAAGUUAUUUAUUAAAAGAAGAAGAUUUGAAAGACUAUUUUAA